CUCUUGGCGGCCGUGGAAGGAGAGAACUUGCUCAAAGGUCCGUGGCUCGAAGAGGAAGAUGAGCGACUCAAGACCUAUGUAAAUCUUAAGGGGGGUAGGAGGUGGGAUGCGUUAGUGAAGGAAUCAGGUCUAAGGAGGAGUGGUAGGAGUUGCAGCAUGCGGUCGUUGAACUACCUCUGCCCAAACAUUAAGCAUGGUAAGAUUACCAUCAUAGAAGAGAAAACCAUUCGCCAACUUCAUCAACGUUGGGGUAACAAGUGGUCAAUGAUUUCCCAAGCGCUGCCAGGAAGAACCGAUAAUGAGAUCAAGAAUCACUGGAGAACUCAUUUAAAGAAGAAAAUACAAAUUCAAGAUGGAAAUUUCCAAUGUAAAUUGAACAAAAACCAACAGGGUAUUUUCUGUCAGGAAGGUGACAUGAAUGAGGAAAAAUACGACUUUGAUCAAACCAAGGUUACUAGCUCUGAUGAUCUUGGUUUAUCGGACUUUGCGGCAACAAAUUCUCCAUACGAAACCCAGUUAUCAGAAUGGACAUCUGAGCUAUCAAGUGAACAAAGUGGAACAACCUAUAAUCAGGACUGUAAUAGUGUCGAGUCCGAUUUACGUCAUCUUAAAUGGACUCCGGAUGAUAGUGAUGCAUGGGACUGUCUAGGUUUUCUCUGGGACAUGAAUUAACAGAUAAUAGUGGGAAAUGUGGAUCAAAUGAAAUAAAAAUGAGUAAUGCUAGCUAGACCAAAUUUGUAGACAAAGUAUUGAAAACUAAAAGACAUGUAAGUUGAUGUUUGGCUUAUUACUUACACGUUGAUAAACGUGCUUAUUCUUAUUGAUGACACAUCAUUUAGUUUGCAAAUUUAGUCUCCAAAUUUGGUCUCCCUAGCAUUACCAUAUGCAAUGCAUGUUGCUAAGAAAAAUGGAAUUUCUUCCUUUCCAGCUCCAGCAAGUGAGGUUUUGGCAUAUCUUCUGAGAAGAAAAUAGGGCAGCUGAUGAUGGCUUAACAAGAAUUCAUGGGACAAAAUUUGGAGGGUGAAUAGCUUUUGUACUCUCAUCUACAUAGGGCAGUCGCUGAGAGGAUCUACUUUGAUCAGUUAGGUAGCUUCUUGAAGCUUUUCAAACUAUAAUUUGUAAUCGCAUGCAUGUAUUGGAUGUGCAAUCAUCUGACUUAAAUUUGAAUUGUAUUCUCUCGUCUUC